GCCGGUUGAGCGGCGCUGCUGGUGUCAGAGCUGAGCGAGCGCUGGCAGUUCCGCGGCGGGGAUGCUGAGGAGCGCUGGGUCUGGGAGCAGCGCUGACCACCGCGGACUUCCGAGGCACUCGGAACCGUGAGAACACCCGCAUCGCGGCCAAUCCCAGGCCUCCGAAGCCAUCCACUAUUCCAGAAACCAGGCUGGGGAAAGAGUCCAGCUAAACGGCAGUCAUCUUUCGGAUAGCGAGCGUCCUGGAACCCCGAGAGACACCCCGGAGUUCCAGAAGCUCCAGGGCGGCCCCUAGCCCCGGCUUCCUGCGAGCGUCGGUCCAAGACCCCCUCCUCCGGUGCAUAGGUCGUCUGCCCGCCGCGGCUGGGUCCAGCGCACACCAUGAUCGUUGCGGACCCGGAGUGCCGCUCCGAGCUCAAGGGCUACCUGCCGUUCGCCCGGGGCGGCGUCGGAGACCCGGGGGCCGGAGAGGAGCAGAGGGAGAGCCGGCCUCGGCGUGGCCCUCGAGGGCCCAGUGCCUUUAUCCCAGUGGAAGAGGUCCUUCGGGAGGGGGCUGAGAGCCUGGAGCAGCACCUGGGGCUGGAAGCGCUGAUGUCCUCGGGGAGGGUAGACAACCUGGCAGUGGUGAUGGGCCUGCACCCGGACUAUCUUAGCAGCUUUUGGCGUCUGCAUUACCUGUUGCUGCACACAGAUGGGCCCCUGGCCAGCUCGUGGCGCCACUACAUUGCCAUCAUGGCUGCUGCCCGCCACCAGUGUUCUUACCUGGUGGGAUCCCACAUGACUGAGUUUCUGCAGACUGGUGGUGACCCUGAGUGGCUGCUGGGCCUCCAUCGGGCCCCUGAGAAGCUGCGGAAACUCAGUGAGAUCAACAAGUUGCUGGCGCAUCGGCCGUGGCUGAUUACCAAGGAACACAUCCAGGCCUUGCUGAAGACGGGCGAGCACAGCUGGUCCCUGGCUGAACUCAUCCAAGCCCUGGUCCUGCUCACCCACUGCCAUUCACUGGCCUCCUUUGUGUUUGGCUGUGGCAUCCUUCCAGAGGGAGACUCAGAGGGCAGCCCUGCCCCCCAGGCACCAUCUCCCCCUAGUGAGCAAAGCAGCCCCCCUAGUGGGGAUCCACUGAACAACUCUAGGGGCUUCGAGGCCGCCCGUGACGUGGAAGCUCUGAUGGAACGCAUGAGGCAGCUGCAGGACAGCCUGCUGCGGGACGAGGGAGCCUCUCAGGAGGAAAUGGAGAGCCGCUUUGAGCUGGAGAAGUCCGAGAGCCUGCUGGUGACCCCCUCAGCUGACAUACUGGAGCCUGCUCCACACCCAGACAUGCUGUGCUUUGUAGAAGACCCUACUUUUGGGUAUGAGGACUUCACCCGGCGAGGGGCUCAAGCACCCCCCACCUUCCGUGCCCAGGACUAUACUUGGGAAGAUCAUGGCUACUCCUUGAUCCAGCGGCUCUAUCCUGAGGGUGGGCAGCUGCUAGAUGAGAAGUUCCAGGCUGCCUAUAGCCUCACCUACAACACCAUCGCCAUGCACAGUGGCGUGGACACCUCCGUGCUCCGCAGGGCCAUCUGGAACUAUAUCCACUGUGUCUUUGGCAUCAGGUAUGAUGACUAUGACUACGGGGAGGUGAAUCAGCUCCUGGAGCGGAACCUCAAAGUCUAUAUAAAGACUGUGGCCUGCUACCCAGAGAAGACCACCCGGAGAAUGUACAACCUCUUUUGGAGGCACUUCCGCCACUCAGAGAAGGUCCACGUGAAUUUGCUGCUCCUGGAAGCCCGCAUGCAAGCUGCCUUGCUCUAUGCCCUCCGUGCCAUCACCCGCUACAUGACCUGACUCCCUCCACGCAGGACCCACACCCGGAGCAGCUGAGCCUGGGGGCACCCUCCUCCCUGCAAGGACUUUUCUCUGUCCGGAGACAGACCCAGGACCCUUUCUGCCCCACGCCUGUGCAUCCCAUCAUGGGGAUGGGCUUGUGUGAUGUGCAGCCCCCGAGUCACACCCUCCUCUUGUCUCUGGAAUGGACCAAAUCGUUGCACUGACUGACUCUGGAAUCUGACCUCUCCUCAUGGAACCUAGAAGAGGGCUAGGAGAUCCUAGGUGCCAUAGCCUUCCUCCUUCCCAUGAGGCAGAGGGCACUAGAAAGAGGGGAAUGGGCUACGCUGGGACUUUGGCCAGCAGGCCAAACACCAGGCACCAAGAGUGCCCUGGCCCUCCUGGACUGGAAAGUCCUUGGCUGGCCUCUGCAGUAGAGGGGCAAAGAGCUCCAGGGACCAGCACUCCAGGCAGCUUUGCCUUCCCUCCCACUCAUUCCCAUAUUUCAUUACCUCCCACCUGCCAUUCACCCAUCAAUGUGAAAGUUGAGGUCACAGCUGGUCUGUGUGCCCAGUCUAUCAAAAGCCUUUUCUAUUGGGCAGCCUCAAGACCCCCUGUUCUGUGGUUGUCCAAGUCUUACUUCAUACAGGGCUUUACCUCUUCACCCCUGUAACCCUUUCUCCCACAGUAAGAGACCCCUGGAGAAGGGCCAAACACAUCCAAAGAACAGACUAUCUCUAGAGGAGGAUCCUCUGUUGGCCACUUUGCCAUCUGAAGGAGGAGGGUGUAUUCGAAGAUAACUGAUCUGUACUUGGGUCCUCUGUGGUUGAGAUCAGACCUCUUCAGGGCUUCACCUUUGAAACCCGGUCAAUGUCUGCAAGGAACAGAGGGAGGUUCUGUUCUCCCCAGGCUGCAGAGGUCAGUGCCCCUGCCUUCUCCCCAGGGGCCCUGCCAAGGACUUUUGCCAAAAAGUCGAGCCUUUCUAGGUAAUUGACAUGGCACCAGAGCCCAGUAAGGGAGGCUAACACCAGGCCCCUGCCACCGAUUGAAUGGCUGUAACCAUAUGUAACCAUGUUGCCAAACCAUUUUGACCACCCUCGUUGCAUUAUUGAGGGGUGAUACUGAGUUUCCCAGUAUCCAGUGCUUCAUUCUGGGAUCUCAGGUCAACAGCAGAGUGAUUUUCUUACAAAAUCCUGAAGGCAUCUGGAGCACACACACACACACACACACACACACCCUGCCACAGUCAAUCUCCUGGCUGCCUUCCAAGAACUUCACCUUUGUCCUAGGAUCUGUCCCCACUCCUGGAAUUCAGGUGUAUUUGCUUGGCAACAGAAAUAGCUAUAAGAAUGAUCCCAAGCACUUUCUGCAGCAAACAACUGUGAAUCGCAACCUCUCUUGCCCUUCUAGCAGCAGAUGCCUCCUCCCGGGCCAAUCUGGAGGUGCCUGGGAAAGUCAGGGGUACAAUGCUGCUGUUCUCACCUCCCUCCCUGGGUGGCAGGAAAGGAACCUGGCCAUUGUGCCACAUUUCAUACCCAUGCAAGCAUGGGGAAGCGACUGGCAACCCCCUAGGCAUAAAAGCCCUCCCCGUGAAGAAGAUUGGCAGGAGGGGAGGGGUCACAGCAUGGGGGUUUGAGUUCCAGAGGGGACAUAAUGACGGAAUGUGUCCCCUGGGUGGGUAGGAAGGGGUAUCCAGUGUUCAAGUUGACCUUUGACCUCACUACUGGUUGUAUAUGAUGAGAAAUAAAAGUUCACUAAGGUUUUGUUUUGUA